AUGCAGUGCGCCGCGCCCGCCGGCGGCGCCGCCUCCGCCCUCGCGCGCGCCGCCCAGCGCGCCGCGCAGCCGCCGCCGCCCGACGAGCUGCGCCUCAACCUGCUCGAAUACUCUGACGGCGGUGUGGCGGCGGCGCGAGCGCUACGGGCGGCGGGCGGCGGCUCGGGCGCGGCGGGCGCGGUGCACCGCUGGCCCUUCAUCGGUGCGCGCGCGCCGCGCUCGUCGAGAGACGUCGUCAGAUUGAUGCGACGCCUCCGGCCGCUGCUCCAAGACGCGAUCCAGAAGCGGUGCUGCGGCGCGCGCAUGUGGGACGGCGUGACGGGCCCGCUCACGUGGCGCCAGUUCCACCGCCUGGCCGGCCGCGGCAACGAGGACCUGUGCGAGCCGCAGCCCGUGCCGCCGCUGCUGGUGGGCCACGAGCGCGACUGGGUGUCUCUGUCGCCGUACGCGCUGCGGCACUGGGAGCGGCUGGCGCUGGAGCCGUACGCGUACGCGCGCGACGUGCAGUACGUCGUGCUGUGCGCCGACCCCGACGCGCUCGCCGAGCCCGCGCGAGCCUUCUUCCGCGACCUGGCCGCCGCCUACGAGGCUUGUCGUCUAGGCCGGCACCGGCCGCUCUCCCGCGUGGCGCGCGACGGCAUCUACCGAGCAGCGCCGGACCGCGACCGCGAGCGCACCGACGACUGGCUCGGCGACACGCCUCCCGGGCGCCUCGGCGACUACUUACGAGCCUACGCCGACGCGCUACGAACCACACUACUGCCUCUACUAGCUUCUGUCAACCUCACGCCAGCGGCACCAGCGCCGCGCCCGCCCGCGUCCGACCAGACCACGCCCACCGCUACGGACGAAGAAUCCAACGCAGCGUCCGCUACGGGUUGCGUCAACUCCUUCGAGGAGGACGAGAGCGGGCCGCCGGCGCUAGUGUUGUAUUUAGUGGAGCCGCCGGCGUCGCACGCGCAUAGGCCCGCUGCGCUGCAUGCGUUGUUAAGGCUAGCGGCGCGGGCGCAUCACCAUCUGGCGCACCAUAACCCGCUCAUCAAGAUCAUCUCCCUAGAAGGCAUCUGCGAAGCCUGGGGCAUGGGCGCGGGCGCGGCGGGCGAGGGGACCGCGGGCGCAGGGGGCGGGGCCGAAGCGCGCGCGCUGGCCUUCAGCGUGUUCAGCGGCGCGCGCCGGCUGCUGGCGCACACGCCCAACGGCAAGUCGCUCACCGGCUUCGGGACCGCGGCCGACGCCAACCUCUUCCUAGGGAAUAAGGACGUGAGCGGGACUGAAGCGCGCGCGCUGGCCUUCAGCGUGUUCAGCGGCGCGCGCCGGCUGCUGGCGCACACGCCCAACGGCGGGACUGAAGCGCGCGCGCUGGCCUUCAGCGUGUUCAGCGGCGCGCGCCGGCUGCUGGCGCACACGCCCAACGGCGGGACUGAAGCGCGCGCGCUGGCCUUCAGCGUGUUCAGCGGCGCGCGCCGGCUGCUGGCGCACACGCCCAACGGCGGGACUGAAGCGCGCGCGCUGGCCUUCAGCGUGUUCAGCGGCGCGCGCCGGCUGCUGGCGCACACGCCCAACGGCGGGACUGAAGCGCGCGCGCUGGCCUUCAGCGUGUUCAGCGGCGCGCGCCGGCUGCUGGCGCACACGCCCAACGGCGGGACUGAAGCGCGCGCGCUGGCCUUCAGCGUGUUCAGCGGCGCGCGCCGGCUGCUGGCGCACACGCCCAACGGCGGGACUGAAGCGCGCGCGCUGGCCUUCAGCGUGUUCAGCGGCGCGCGCCGGCUGCUGGCGCACACGCCCAACGGCGGGACUGAAGCGCGCGCGCUGGCCUUCAGCGUGUUCAGCGGCGCGCGCCGGCUGCUGGCGCACACGCCCAACGGCGGGACUGAAGCGCGCGCGCUGGCCUUCAGCGUGUUCAGCGGCGCGCGCCGGCUGCUGGCGCACACGCCCAACGGCGGGACUGAAGCGCGCGCGCUGGCCUUCAGCGUGUUCAGCGGCGCGCGCCGGCUGCUGGCGCACACGCCCAACGGCAAGUCGCUCACCGGCUUCGGGACCGCGGCCGACGCCAACCUCUUCCUAGGGAAUAAGGACGAAAAAAACCGAGCGCCGUACAAGCUAUUCUCGCCGGCGUGGGUGCUGGCGCCGCCGCGCGCGCUGAAGGAGGUGGCGGAGACGUGGGGCCAGAGCCUCGGCGAGCAGGGCGCCGUGCUGUUCCUGGCCUACUGCCUGUCGCACGACCAGCGCUGGCUGCUGGCCGCCGCCACCGACGCGCGCGGGGAGCUGCUCGACACCGUGGCCAUCAACAUACACGUGCCGCCCAGGUCUCGGUUGCGACGCGGCGGGCCGGCGCGGCGGCUAGGGCUACGCAAGCUGAUGGAUUUUACGCUCGGCGUCAUGAGCCACGCGGCGCAGCCCUGGCGCCUCGUCGUGGGCCGCGUGGGCCGCAUCGGGCACGGCGAGCUCAAAGGCUGGAGCUGGCUUCUAUCUCGCAAGAACCUCGUCCGCGCGUCAUCAGUUCUCCGCGAGCUAUGCGGCGCGUGCGCGGUCCUAGCUCCCAGCGGCGUGCCAGCCAUCGUGUCGGCGUGCCUGGUGUCCACGGAGCCCGACUCGUGCCUGCGGCUCAUGGCGGACCGCUUCACGCCCGACGAGCGCUUCAGCCAGGCCUCCAUUCAGUCGCACCUGCACACGCCGCGAGACGUCUCCGCCACGCAUAUACUCGUCUUCCCCACUUCGGCUACCACGCAGUCAAACCCGAUGCCGUUCGAGCAGCCGAUGGCGAACGGCGUGGAAAACGACAUGAUGUUCCUGGACGUGGACAUGGCCGACGAGGACAUGGGCGAGGACAACAUGGCCGAGCUGCUCAUCGGGGACAUGUUCAACAACAUGUGGCCGCAGGGCUCCCCGCGGGCCUCGCCGCGCCGCCCCGACCUCGAGGAGCCCGGCUCCCCGCCCGCCAGCCACCACCACCACUACCACCACCAGGACGACGCCGCCGCGGUGAGUACACGCGGCCCAGGCUCCCCGCCCGACCGAGAGGAGCCCGGCUCCCCGCCCGCCAGCCACCACCACCACUACCACCACCAGGACGACGCCGCCGCGGUGAGUACACGCGGCCCAGGCUCCCCGCCCGACCGAGAGGAGCCCGGCUCCCCGCCCGCCAGCCACCACCACCACUACCACCACCAGGACGACGCCGCCGCGGUGAGUGCACGCGGCCCAGGCUCCCCGCCCGACCGAGAGGAGCCCGGCUCCCCGCCCGCCAGCCACCACCACCACUACCACCACCAGGACGACGCCGCCGCGGUGAGUACACGCGGCCCAGGCUCCCCGCCCGACCGAGAGGAGCCCGGCUCCCCGCCCGCCAGCCACCACCACCACUACCACCACCAGGACGACGCCGCCGCGGUGAGUACACGCGGCCCAGGCUCCCCGCCCGACCGAGAGGAGCCCGGCUCCCCGCCCGCCAGCCACCACCACCACUACCACCACCAGGACGACGCCGCCGCGGUGAGUGCACGCGGCCCAGGCUCCCCGCCCGACCGAGAGGAGCCCGGCUCCCCGCCCGCCAGCCACCACCACCACUACCACCACCAGGACGACGCCGCCGCGGUGAGUGCACGCGGCCCAGGCUCCCCGCCCGACCGAGAGGAGCCCGGCUCCCCGCCCGCCAGCCACCACCACCACUACCACCACCAGGACGACGCCGCCGCGGUGAGUGCACGCGGCCCAGGCUCCCCGCCCGACCGAGAGGAGCCCGGCUCCCCGCCCGCCAGCCACCACCACCACUACCACCACCAGGACGACGCCGCCGCGGUGAGUACACGCGGCCCAGGCUCCCCGCCCGACCGAGAGGAGCCCGGCUCCCCGCCCGCCAGCCACCACCACCACUACCACCACCAGGACGACGCCGCCGCGGUGAGUGCACGCGGCCCAGGCUCCCCGCCCGACCGAGAGGAGCCCGGCUCCCCGCCCGCCAGCCACCACCACCACUACCACCACCAGGACGACGCCGCCGCGGUGAGUGCACGCGGCCCAGGCUCCCCGCCCGACCGAGAGGAGCCCGGCUCCCCGCCCGCCAGCCACCACCACCACUACCACCACCAGGACGACGCCGCCGCGGUGAGUACACGCGGCCCAGGCUCCCCGCCCGACCGAGAGGAGCCCGGCUCCCCGCCCGCCAGCCACCACCACCACUACCACCACCAGGACGACGCCGCCGCGGUGAGUGCACGCGGCCCAGGCUCCCCGCCCGACCGAGAGGAGCCCGGCUCCCCGCCCGCCAGCCACCACCACCACUACCACCACCAGGACGACGCCGCCGCGGUGAGUGCACGCGGCCCAGGCUCCCCGCCCGACCGAGAGGAGCCCGGCUCCCCGCCCGCCAGCCACCACCACCACUACCACCACCAGGACGACGCCGCCGCGGUGAGUGCACGCGGCCCAGGCUCCCCGCCCGACCGAGAGGAGCCCGGCUCCCCGCCCGCCAGCCACCACCACCACUACCACCACCAGGACGACGCCGCCGCGGUGAGUGCACGCGGCCCAGGCUCCCCGCCCGACCGAGAGGAGCCCGGCUCCCCGCCCGCCAGCCACCACCACCACUACCACCACCAGGACGACGCCGCCGCGGUGAGUACACGCGGCCCAGGCUCCCCGCCCGACCGAGAGGAGCCCGGCUCCCCGCCCGCCAGCCACCACCACCACUACCACCACCAGGACGACGCCGCCGCGGUGAGUGCACGCGGCCCAGGCUCCCCGCCCGACCGAGAGGAGCCCGGCUCCCCGCCCGCCAGCCACCACCACCACUACCACCACCAGGACGACGCCGCCGCGGUGAGUGCACGCGGCCCAGGCUCCCCGCCCGACCGAGAGGAGCCCGGCUCCCCGCCCGCCAGCCACCACCACCACUACCACCACCAGGACGACGCCGCCGCGGUGAGUACACGCGGCCCAGGCUCCCCGCCCGACCGAGAGGAGCCCGGCUCCCCGCCCGCCAGCCACCACCACCACUACCACCACCAGGACGACGCCGCCGCGGUGAGUGCACGCGGCCCAGGCUCCCCGCCCGACCGAGAGGAGCCCGGCUCCCCGCCCGCCAGCCACCACCACCACUACCACCACCAGGACGACGCCGCCGCGGAGCAAGUGGGCACAGUACUGCAGCAGCCUUUAGCCCUAGGCUACAUGGUGUCGACGGCGCCGCUGGGCGGGAUGCCGGCGUGGUGGUGGGCGGGCUGUGCCCACCUGCGCGACGCCUGUCCCGCUUUCCUCAAGAACGCACUGCAUUUGCACGCCGGAAGCCUCCAGUCCGAUGAAAUGUACUCGCUGUCUCUGCGGCACAACCACAACGGGCACCCGCUGGACUCGCAGACCACCACCGACGUGCUGAGAUACGUGCUAGAAGGCUACAACGCGCUAUCGUGGCUGGCGCUGGAUGGCAGCACGCACGACCGGCGCUCCUGCCUGCCGCUGCACGUGCAGGUGCUCAUGCAGCUGUACCACACCGCCGCCGCGCUCGGCUAGCCGCCGCCGCCGGAAUAUAACAUCACGCCGGAAUAUAACACCGCGCCGGAAUAUAACACCGCGCCGGAAUAAGGAGCUGGCGCGCAAUUAACACAGCAAGCGCUACGACUGCCUAGUGACCAUACUGGUUUCAAACAAGGCUGUCAGUUGGCGUGCGCUGUGCCGUCAGCUCUACAGACAGCACUACGACUGCCUCUCUGCAAUAAAGUGACCAAUGGCUGCAAACAACAGAAGCGGCGACGUCUAGUGCUACUACCCGUUAUAAGUGGCAUCUAUCCUACCAUUAGUGGCGCCAUCUUUACUAUCAGAUCACGUAGUGCAAUCUUCAAGUGAUCGCAAGUGCAAAUCUACAACGAGUAAUGGUGUCUUAUAAUAUCAGUGCGGCGUGGUGUUCAGUUUGUGCGUGAAGUGUAACGUAGUGCAAGAGACAGUGAGUGGAACGGCGGCGGGUUUAUGGUUACGCGUGACUGCGCUCGUACCUGUUCGUUAGGCUAGAAUUGUUGUGCACGUGCAGUACAGUUAGCGGCGAAAGUGGCUCGAAGCGUUUCGAGCCGUCGCCGCCGGCUGCGCCGAGCCGGCCGGCCCCGACGACCGCGCGGCUCCUGUUAAAUUAUUAUUUAUUUUCAUUAUUUAUUGUUUGACCACGAGCGCGGCCCGGGGCGGCGCCGGCCGGCCGGUACUUAGGUAAAUUAAUAUAGGACGGGCCGUCGCCCGGUGUUGGCGUCUCAUCCAAAGAUAGUCGCGUCGAACCUCGACUGCGGCGGUGACCAGUGGCGUCGCGGUCACUCUGCCUAGUGCUCUAGUUACUACAAGUUGUCGCUGAAAGUGCCCGAUCGCACGAUUAGGAAAAUAGUGAUAGCGCGUGUAACCGAUGCAUUUUGUAAUAUUUUUAUCUUGAUAAUAAUCCGAUACACUUGUAUGUAUUAUAGUUUCUCUGAUAAAUUUUACUUUUACGAGCAACUUUUAGUAAGUAGAUAGGUGAAUGACCAGACGAGAUGUUACCACAAUGGAAUCCAUCAAAUAUCAACUAUUUAUAUAUUAUAUAGAAAAAUUUUAAAAUUGCUAGAUAAGCCGGGUAUACUAGUUUGUUAUAGUUUGAUAUGACACUUGGAGGUCCAAUUUGGCAUGAGAUUAUUUCUCAUUAAAGGGCAUUUCAUUUUCAUUAAUUGAAGUUUCUACUAAAGGAACAACUUCCAUUCUGUCUUUCUAUACGUUAAUACUUCCUGAUCUCUCCAUUUGAAAUUAUCAUGAACCUCAUUUUGUGUAGACUAGUACCCAUUUUAUGGUAUUUUUAUGGAGCAGUGAAAAUUAAUUUAACAUUACAAGCUUUGUGUAGUGUAAGAUCAUGUUUGAUAGCCAUUUUAAUGCCCAUCUGUUAAUUUUAUUGUAUCAAUCUCUUAAACUGAAGAAUUUAUGUAUUAUUUUUAACCUUUUAGUGUUUUAGAAUGUUUUUACUCAAUCAUGGCAGGUGAUAUGAUCUGCUUUAACAGCUCAACUACGCAAACAUUUUGUACGGAAUAUUUUUAACAUACAAUUGUUAUUGACAAUUAAGUCCUGGCAUUCUUAUAAACUGCCCUGAAUCUUUAUAGCUCAGAACAGGUAUUGUUAUAUCUUUGCUGAAUUUAAAAAUAUUUUUUUUUACUCAUUCGUUUAUGUGCCGUACACGCCCUAUUUAUUUUGUUUUUAUCAACAUCUUGAAGCAUUGUCUCAUAGAUGUUAUCAGUAUGCAUGAGUAGUGCGACACUGCAUAGAGUAGUCGAAGCGUAGUUCCGGCGGACAUACGUCACAAGUUAUCUACUGAAGUUUUAAUAUUACUAUUACGUUGUUGUGCUAUGUAUAAUGUAAUAUAUAAUUUUAUUUUACGUUAUUGUAAUAAACCGGUAUGAAUUACCAAAGGAGUUAGCUAUGUGUAGUGUUUUUAGAUAUUUUAACAUCUUUAUUGAAUAGGACUCCACAGACCAUCUCGUUUGACAGGGUUCUCAUUUCGCCAUCGCGUUAUACUACAAAAUACAAAAUCAUCAUCGUUGACAUUCGUUUUACUCAUUAAAGUGUAUUAUUUUUAUAAGAUUUUUACUUCGAAUCCAUGGAACUUUUAUCGUUUUAAUUUCGAGCUUUAUUCGUAUUCGCAAUCACGUAGGUUUACAAAUUAGUGACAAUUAUAUUAGACGAAUUGACCAUUUUGACUUAGCAGCUGGGUAAUUCGCUCAUGUACAGUACAGCGUCCCGAGGGCACAACGGGCAGCGGGCUCGCAGACGGUCUUAUACACAGAAAUGCUAGAUUAUCUUAUGACAAACAAACCUCUGGUUUAAUGCUAUAAUAAGUAACACCAAUAGUUUACGUUUAGAUAAAUAGUUGUAAAGAGAGCCCCCUAGAUCAUGUUUGAGUAGCGUUUGUAUAAUUAGACGUCGUCGUUUUAUAAAGAUGUAACGGAGCGACCGCCGCGACGGCGAUGUUGAUUCGCCGAAUCUCCGACAGUUUGGUAGUUAUAUAAAAUUUUCUAUUUUAAUAUAUUAUUAAAGCGUAAGUAGGGAGGUGUGCCGUGCAAGCGUGUAAAUAUGUCCGACGCGUUACUCGCCGGUCGACGUGAUCCUUGUUCCCGCGCCCAGUCGGUGGGAGUCGGAAGUCGGCUUAUCGAACUGAACAAAUUUACCGAAAUCUAAAUUGGUUCAAGUAAUGUGAAGUCCCGUUUUGUUGCUUAGUGUCUAAAAAUUGGUUUGCCAGCGCCAGCGGUCCGGCCGCCAAUUAACUGAAUUACGCCUAGUUGAAUAUGAAAUGUUUUAAAUGUGUUACAGCAUUUGAGAAUAUUUAAUGAUGUUGUAUAUAGUUUAUAUUUUGUUUUUGUAAACGACAUUUUGUAUAUAGGAUCGACGUAAUUAUUUGCCCACAUUGCCGAUGUAUAAUGGAGCACGUUUUAAAGAAACCACUCGUAAUAUUUUGUACAGUUGUUAGGUGAGGUUUGUAGUUGAAUGAAUUAUUUUAGUUUCGUUUUUGACCUCUUUUUGUUAUUGUGAAUUUGUCAAUUUUUUUAGGGAAUUGGGAUUGUACUGUAAAUAGACCACACCAUUUUGUCAAAUAUUAGUUGUAAGCGGUCAAAUCUGAUGAUUGAUGGAAAUCAAAUUUUCUAAACGGAGCAAUCAUUAGAAAUUCAUAAAACAAACUUAGUGUAAUACUUGAUAUUAAUAUAACUUUAUAAAUAACUGUGAAAAUAGGUAAUAAUAAUUAUGAAUAAAAUAUUACAUAUUUAAAA